GUGUUUAAUAUAUCUAUGUAAGUUAAAAAUGUAUAAAUACAUUCUGAAUUUGAUUAAAAAUAUAAUUAAUAAAUACUUAAAAUAAUAACAAUAAAACAUUAAAAAUUAUUUAUAAACAAAUAUAAAAAUGAGCUUUAAAUUUUUAUAAAGAUUAGUGGAAAUCACUACUUUUAUAAUAUUGCUACUAGGUAUUUUCUGGAUUGUAUUUUCAGCUAUCCUUUUUUCGAAAGAUAAAGAUGUUACAGAUACCUCAAAGUAUGACAUAUACAGAGGUGCUUUAGCCCUUGGUAUUGCAUUUGGUAUUUUGCUUGUGAUAUGGGCUAUCAUUGGAUUAAUAGGUGCUUGCAAGAAAAAUAAUUGCUUGUUAGGAACUUUUAAUUUUGGUAUUUUUAUAUUCCUUUUAGUAUCAAUCGCUAUAUUAGUUUUAAGCAUUAUUGUUGCUGCAAAUUUACCUGAUUAUAAAGACGAUAAAAAUUGCACAUAAAAGAGCCUUUUAAUUGACCUAAAAAAUCUCAAUAAUCAAUCUUACUAAGCACUUUGCUAGAAUAGUUGUCAAUGCAAUUUUAAGGGAUCUUCAAUCUAGGCUUUAUAGUAAGGUAUCAUUAAUUACAGUGGUACUUAAGGAGCUUAGAAAGUAUAAGAUUGCCAAGUUUUUAGUAGCUUCGGAUUAAGUAAUUAGAAUUCUAAUAGUGAUUUACUGAAGGCUAUUGAAGAUACUUUUGACUGCAGUGGAUUUUGUUCUAUAAACACAUACUACGUUUUUAGUAAUGUAAAUAAUGGAUUCCCUAACAAAGAUUGUAAAGUAGAGUUGCUUAACUUCAUUGAUGACAACAACAAAAGAGUUAUUAUUGCAGCAGCAGUAAUAACAUUCUUCCUAUUUCUCACUUUUAUACUUUCAAUUUGCUUAUGUGUUAAAAAACCUAAGGGCGAAAAUUUCUAUGAAAGAAAUCAAGUUGGCUAGUAUAAUAACAAAUGAAAUAUUAUAAAAUUUAAAAUUAUUAAACAUAUAUAAGAAUGCAUGCAUGUAUAUAUGAAUUUGUAUUUGUAGUAACUAUUAGUUUUGAGAUAGAAAUAGUAGAUUAAAUUAACAAUUCAUCUAAAGUUAUACCUUCUAUAAUUAUUUAUGAAAUCUGUUUGAGUUUUUUAUGUUUAACUUUGAAAAGAUAUUUUUUUGAUAAACAAUCAGUACCUUCAAAAUUAUCACCACAAAAUUUGCUAAUUUCUCUAACUAACUUAAGAUGAAGAUUAUUUUAAUAUUAUUCUAUAUAAAUAUGCUAUCUGAUUUUAGUAAAUAAAACCUUUAUCCUAAUGUUGUGUAAUUAUUAAUUAUCCUUGAAAUCAUAAAAUAUUAAAAAAAAGUUAACUAUAGAAUAUUAUUAUAAUUUAUUAAUAUUGCUUGUUUUGCUUUUCA